AGACCCCGCCCAGCAGCGAUUGUUAUGAAAGCAGCGCGUUGUGCGUGAUGACGAACUGAGUCCCCGCAGCUGGAAAAACACAAACCGCACAGAGCCAUGAUGCUUCGUGUCACCUCUGCCUCCCUGUGCGCCUCCUGUCAGAGGAUGAGGCUGCUCCUUCCUCCUUCAGUCUCGGCCUCCUCACUGACCCCUCCCAUCAAAAGACAGGAGAACCAGCGCACAGUGUCCUCCCUCUAUGAACUGUCGGUGGACAUCAGAAAAGUGCGCAAGUUCAAGGGCUGGGUUUUGUCCGAGCGCACCGCUUACGUCUCUGAGACUGCCGACCUGCUGCGGGACAUGGGCGCGGACGCCACGGUAAUCGCCCGCAUCCUUGAGACCCACCCCGAGGCCGUCCUGUGUCGGCCGGAGGAGGUGACCGCCCAGCGAGACCUCUGGGAGUCCGUGUGCUCCAGCAAGCGCACGCUGCUGAACAUCAUCGAAAAGUUUCCCGCCUCCUUUUUUAGUGUCAAUCACCAUAGCAACCAGCGUGACAACAUCCAUUAUCUCCAGAGCCUGCAACUCUGCAAAAGGAUCAUCAGCAAGCUGAUGGCCAGCGCCCCUCACAGCUUCAGCCAGCCCGUGGAGAGCAACAAAGAGGUGAUCAACACCCUUAGGGAGACCUACCUGGACCUCGGUGGAGAUGAGGUCAACCUCCGGAUCUGGCUGCAGAAGCUCCUCACCCAGAAUCCCCACAUUCUGCUGCGGCCAGCUGAGGCCUGGAGGGACAGCCUGAGCUUUCUGAGGGAGCAGGGCUUCACCACGGAGGAGCUGCUCAGCCUGGUGUCCAGCCUGAGAGCCUCCAUAGCUGAGCUGAAGCCCGAGUCCAUGCAGCAGGCCCUGGACUACACCGAAGGAGCUCUCGACUGCUCCAAGGAUGAACUCAAGAAGGUGGUCAUCCGGUGCCCGGCCAUCUUGUACUACUCUGUAGCAAUGCUAGCAGGACGCUUCCAGGGUCUGAUGGAUGCGGGGGUGAGCACCCAGCAGGUGAAGGAGUCCCCAAACGUUUUGGAGCUCACCACGCAGAUCGUCCUGUAUCGCAUCCAGAAACUGGCCUCCUAUGGUUACGACGUUCGCUCGGGCAGCUUGGACCUCAUUGUUGGAACCAAGAAAGACUUUGAGAUGACUUACACCAAACUGAACCUCAGGCAGCAGAGGCCUCUCUUCAACCCGGUGACUCCUCCCAGAUCUGUUGAGGACUAACGGCGGGCGAUCGGAACGCCUUUUUCCGCCGCGUUCCUUUAACCCUUUAACCCCUAAGUCGUCACAGAUGACGCUCUUUGACCUACCGUAACUCUUGGACAGAAUCAUUGAAUUCCCAUCAGAGAAGUGUCGCGUAUCAGCGCAAAGCUGCUUUUCUUCUGAAUGUGCUGGAAUAAUGUUAAAUCGCGUAAACGGUUGAAGACUUACGGCAGACGGAAGAAUGUUAAUGUUAAAGGGUUACGCUACGUACACGCCCAGCAUGUGACGUGCAUUCAUGGACGCGCUUUUAGCAUAGCGGUCACACUGAACUAGCGCAUGUACUCACAGUGGAGGAACUUUGGCAAAUUUGACAAAUCUUGCUCCAGGCUUUUUCUUCCAAAGACUUGGUGUCAGAGAAUUUUGUCUGGGCGCAAACCGUUAUCAAUUUAUUCUCCAUGAUCAAUUUUCAAAUGGUUAAAAAGGACGCUACCUAUAUGUCACUGAUUGGUCAAAGUUUAAGGCGUGGAUGUGUCUUUUGUACAUAGAGCCUGAGAAUGGACUCAAAAAUGUGUGUAGCUCUGUGUGAAUGUGAGAGUUUUGAACAGAAAUGUGCACUUACAUCUGUUUACAUAUACUUUUGAUUGGAAGUGGUGGCUUGAAGGUGGGUUUCUGGGUCUUGUGUGAACGUAGCGUUAAACCUGAAAGGCCUUCACAUGAGCCAAAAACUGCUCAGCUCUUCCUCUGCUUUGGUUUGCCUUCACACUGCACUUUCAGGGGAGAACCAUCACUUCCUUCCAAAAAAUAGUUGACUAGCAAAAAAACAAAUCUGCAGAUGACGAUUAUGUGAACGCUAACAAGUGAAUCCAGAUUUGCUUGAAAAAAUGGGUCUGGGUUCACUGGUUAAGACAUUUGGUGUGGUUCGUUUUGGUGUGAACCCUCCAUGGACCAUCUCGGUGUAAAGAGCAACAUUAUGGGUUAAAGUUGGAGAUCCAACUUCAAGGUUUCUACAAACAGGAACCGUGCAUUUACAAAUGGAAAGCAUCAUGUUGUUCUUUUCAGAAUAAAACUUCCUGUCCCGGUUGAAACCACAUCUCAACCUGAACUUUGGGGGGUUUUGAACUCACGAAUAUUUUGCACAGUGAAGCCUUACUAAAGGACUGCUCAUGUAAGUUUUACUUUGGUUUUGUUGUCUUUGUGUUUCCCAUAAGUCAAUGCCGCUAACUGCAUCGGCACAGACUCAAACUGAUGCAUUGAAAAUGUAUGGAAACGUCAGCAGCACUGAAAUAAAUGCAGUUUCCUGCCUGUA